AGAGGUCGUCACCCGGCCGAUAUAUGCCAGCCUACGCGCUGCACACAUGGCGCCGCGGUCUCGUACAGGAUGUCUCACCUGUCGACAACGAAAGCUCAAAUGCGGUGAAGAGAGACCAACCUGCGCAAAUUGCAUCAAGGCAAAUCGAAUAUGCGUCUUGAGCUCUGGAAUCACAUUUCGGCACCAACAGAACCCGUCGAUGAAUGGAGGAGGAGGCAGUCUUUCGAGCUUCUACGGCUACAAAGAAACUUUCACCAGAGAAGCGCAGUGGGUUCCCGUGCCGAAGGAUCUCACGUUUGUUCAUACGUCCAAUCCCUACGAAGAUGAACUAGAAGAUGGAGAGGACGCCAGCUCCCUUACUCUCGGAACCAACCAAGCAAACAUCGAUCAUGCACCACGAAGAGAGUCCGACAUCAGUAUGCUAGUACCAACAUCUUUUCCAGCAUACGCGGCGAAUGGACUCGCAGCGCUCAGUGCGAUUGCAACGCAAGAAAACCAAUACAGCUAUGCGCCACCACCUGUGCCCGUUGGCCAUAGCCGAACAAUCGCUACAGCGGCCCAAAAUCAGUCCACGCCUAGUCAAAACCUCGACUUCAUCCUGAAUCCGACGUCCCAUCUCUCCCCUACAGCAACCGCCAUCGACCCACGGCUGAACUCGCCAACGCCGCCCGCUUCAACACCGUCGCAACAAUCCCACGUACGUACCCAUUCUUCCUUCCGGUCCAAUGGAGACCCGACGAGCUUACGAUUGAAAGGUCACGACCGAAGGCCUGCAAUCGACGAGCCCGAGCUAGCAUUCCUCCUGCGAGACUAUGCCGAAAGACCGGGCUACUGGAUGGAUCUUUUCGAUCUAGAUUUAUUCUUUGCUGCAAGGGUUCCAAGCCUUGCCAGGGUGGAAGGGAGGAAGCCAGUCAUGGGUGGUCAAACCGGGAAGUCUCGGCAGUCGAAGAUGGAGUCUUGGCCGGGCGGGACAGUGGACUGGGUGAGAAAAGGCAGAGAGUACUACGAUAUCGCAGUGUCGUUGUUACGACAGAGUCUGGAGGGAGCAUCCAGACCACCGACAUCGUCGUUGCCUGAAGACGCCAGCCCACGGACGCUUUUGACGGUGCAAGGCGCCGAACUGCCGACCACGGAUUCAGAUGAGCUGGUCGCUGCGACGGCUAUACUAUGCGUGUACGAGUUUCUUGACGCUUCCGGGCCUGAGUGGAGUCGACAUCUGGAUGGCGCGAAGAGCUUGUUUGACAUUGCGAAGGAUCGCAUGGAUGCUCUGACACUUCCUCCAUCGCCUUCAGGGCCUGACUUCAACAGCCAUCGUAAGAGGCUCAGUCAAGGACGGCGAGGAGUCUUCUGGAAUUUCGCAAGACAAGACAUGCUCUCCGCCUUCAUAAAUCACACCUCCACCCGCCUUGACACAGCUGACAUUCCCAUGUGGCACCGCUUCGGACUGAACCUCACUGCCGCCGGCUUCGUGUGUCCAUCCAAUCCGCAACACCCAGAUUAUCUCGCCGAGCAAGCCAUGGCUGACGACAUGGUAUCCAAUGCUCUCAUCUGGCUCGUCAUGAAACUGGUCAACUACAUCGCCGCGGGCGACAACGUGCAUGAGAGCGUAGCGUCUCCACUCGGUCUGGGGAUCCGACAAAAGGAAUUGCUAGACUACUGGGAGACACUGCACGAGCAGAUCAGAGUGUGGCACGAAGGUCUUCCGGACGGCUUCCACCCGGCUGCGAUUCAUCACAGUGAUUCCGAAUGUGAUAAUGAAAGGUGGUUUUCGCGGCCCAUGUGCGCGUCAACAAUGCAGUGGUAUCAUUUCGCUAUCAUCCAACUCCUGCAUAACAAGCCACAUCUCACUACCGCCACUCCUGCUCCGGGUUCGCCGUUGGCGCUCGGGUCGUCCCUCGCAAGUCGCCAUGCGAGUUACGCGGCCAUCUUGCAGCACUCACGCCAGCACGCGAAAGAGAUCGUUGCCAUCUCGAUGGGAAGAUCAGACGAAGGGACUCGUAUCCAUUCCGUACAACCGCUUUGGACGGCUGGGCUGGUCCUCGGAAACGACGAUUGGCGGCGCACUAUAGUCGGCCUGUUGCGUGGCAUCGAGCGCGACAUGGGCUGGGCGGCUGAGUAUCGUGUCAAGAACCUGCUUGAGCUAUGGUCGAAGCCGCCGGACUGGCCGCUAGAACGCCAAGAAGACGGAUGA